GUAGAGUCGACUUAGGGAAUGGGACCGACUAAGUACCAGUCUCUCACGUGUUUUUGCAUGAAUAUAGAUCCAAAAUGGCGAACAGAAGUUUGUCGAGAAAGACUCUGAAUAAAUGGUCUCUUGACCUCUCUGGGCGGCCAAAAAAUGUGGCCGAUCAACACACUUCAUCUGCGCUGCCCGCUCCACUGGGAUAUUCUGAGCACAAAUAUCAACACUUGGAACCGAGAGAUCUGAACAGUACUCAUUUAGUUGCAAAGAAAACCUGGGAUCUCGCACUUGGGCCAUUCAAGCAGAUCCCCAUGAACCUGUUUAUCAUGUACAUGGCCGGCAACUCCAUCUCCAUCUUCCCUAUCAUGAUGGUGGGAAUGAUGUUUCUGCGCCCCGUCAAGGCUCUACUUGCUAUUAAAUCAACAUUCCAAGCUCUUCAAGGAGACCAUGAGAGUGCAACACUACAGAAAAUCACAUACCUACUUGGGAACAUCUCUUUAGUUAUAUUGGCUCUCUAUAAAUGUCAAUCAAUGGGCUUGUUACCCACGGCAACCUCAGACUGGUUAGAGUUCAUGGAGAGAAAGACUAGAUUAGAAUACAGUGGAGGAGGUUUUGGUCUUUAAAAGAUGUAAUACAUUGUGAGAUACAGUAUAGGGAGUGUCUACAAACAGUAACUAGAAACUUACAGAGACAAAUGUAAAAACAUGACCAAAACGAGGUUGACGUCUCAACCUCGCUGGCCACUUAAUAAAGAGACGUUCGAGGCUCUGGAACCAGGGUACCAUGUGGGAAACUUGAGAAAUGAAUUUGUAGAGAAAAAAGUUAUGCACAGUUGAGAUUUAAUUUAAUAACAACCAAUAUCGUCUACUGUAAAUUGUCUGUUUUUAAUUUAGUUACCAAGUUAGUUCGUCCAAGACCAGAAGAAUUGACUUGACACAAGUUAUUGCAAAUCUGAAAAAAUCCUUGGUAAACCAGGACUUUCGUAGUUAUGUAGAUUAUGGUCUUACCCUGCUUACCUCAAGGAAAGUUGAAAAAGAGUCUAUAUGCUCUAUUCCCAGCUGUCACUAGGCCUUAUAGGUCAUGGGGAUUGUGUGUUCGCACAAACUAGCUGGGAGCUGAGCAUUGAAAAUAAGUAGAAUUGCAGUGUUAGGAGGGUGAAAAAAUAAUGAUUCAAAACUGAAAGUAGUAAUUUCCUUUAACCAGUUAACUAAUAAUUGCCCUUUUAAGGGUAUGCCUGUAAAAAAAAAAAAAAAAAAAGAAUGCCAGAGCAAACAAACCACACAUAACACAGACUUGACUUUCUCCCAUUUACAUACACGCCAAAUAGACUCAAUUUAUUAUUUCAUUAAGUAUUUGUACAUGUCUGUACUGUUACAAAAACUUUACUGUACUACUAAGUUAUAUAAUUUGGCAGUCCAAUAUUCUGGACAAGCAAUUUUGUACACAUUAACAAUAGAGUGGUUGUCUAAAUCUCUGAGAAAUACACAUCAGCUUAUUUAGCAUUACGGUAAUACACUGUAAUUACUUUGUUCUCUUCUGUCUAAUUUACUUUGUCUAUUACACUUUGUUCACACGUUGUUUUUGUACAGAAAACCAAUCUAAACUGGUUUCUACAUGAUAAUCACUUGAUGAAAGCAUUGUAUACUGUACAUCUUUGAUUUUGUUAGCAAUAAAUAUUAAUGCUACAACUA